CUCCCCAUGUCCUGUCAGCAUACCGGCCGACUCCAGCACCUCGUCUCCUGUUGGCUGUCCGUCCGACGCCAGCUCCCCAAGUUCUGUUGGCGAACCAACCCACUCAAGUGUCGUUGGAGGUCCCGCAGACUGCCUUGUUUCACAAACCGUGACACCUGUUGUCAUCACAUUUCAUUCGAAACCUUUAAAACAUAUUUCCAAGGAGACUAAUUUACCUUCAUUACAGGUAACCUUUAGUUUGUGUGAAGGAUGAAAUAAAUAGGUAUUCAGUAAUUUACAUAACCACAUUGUUUUUCUUUUUUAGUUAUUAUUUAUUUUAGCCAAAAGUCCACAGUAAUAUAUUUGCAUAUUUGGUCCCACCUUUGGUCGCCUCAACAGCUCAGUGAAUGGCCGGUUGCAUUCUCAAGGCUGUUUUUGUUUUUGACAAAACAGAUAAAUCGUUUGGUGCCGCCACAUUUAACUGUCACUUCUUUUGGCCACACAGCCUUGGAUACUCAGCUCUCUGCAAACUACUGGUAACUGUGUCGUUUGAAUUUAAUUCUAAAUAUAUGUGGUGAAAUGGGUUUGAGAAAUCACAACAAAUUGAAGAUGUUUGAAAAUGUUUCUUCUGCCACAGUGUUUACUCUUUCAGGUUUAUAUUUUACAUUUGAAGAAAGAAUUACCCUCUUCUGCUUGACUUUACUGUGGUAUCUUAUGAUCAUUUUUGGAAAUGUUGCUCUUAUUGUUGCUAUUAUUAUGGAUAAAAACCUCCAUGAGCCUAUGUAUAUAUUUUUGUGUAAUCUCUGCAUUAGUGCUCUGUAUGGAACUGUCGGGUUUUACCCAAAGUUUCUUCUGGAUCUUCUGUCAUCUCAUGUAAUUUCCUAUGCUGGUUGCAUGCUUCAAGGUUAUGUGAUACACUCCUCAUCUUGCUGUGAUUUUUCUAUCUUAGCUUUGAUGGCAUAUGACAGAUAUGUGGCAAUAUGUCGACCGCUUGUUUACCAUUCAGUUAUGACCAGACAGAGAGUCUCACUCUUUGUUCUUUUAUCUUGGUUUUUUCCUCUUCUCCUUAUGUUCAUGAACUCAGCAUCCUUAUUAGGAAUACGUUUAUGUGGAUCACACAUAAAAAGGAUCUAUUGUGUCAACUGGAUGAUAGUUACUCUUGCUUGCUCGCCUCCGAAAGCAAAUUCUGCAAUCGCAUAUUUUAACAUUUUAUUCUAUUUUGCACAUUUCGUGUUUAUUGUUUGGUCUUACAUGUAUUUGAUAAGAACGUGCAUAUCCUCCAGAAAAUGGGGGAAGUUUAUACAGACAUGCAUGCCACAUUUAAUCUCUCUAAUCAUUUUUGCCACAGCUGUGCUUUUAGAUGUAAUGUACAUGAGAUUUGGGAAAGUUGAGUUCUCUCAAAACUUCUAUAAUUUCAUGGCAAUACAAUUUCUGCUUAUUCCUCCAUUUGUGAAUCCAUUUAUAUAUGGUUUCCAACUGACCAAGGUUCGCAACAAAAUCUUGAAGUUAAUUUGUUUUAAAAAGAGAGAUGCAAAGUGUCAUGUCAUGACUUUUCAUAUCAGAGGCAAGCCGUCAAACUGAGAUAUAAUACAUUGAAAAUAAAUGAAUGCAUUGUUUUGAUUUAAAAAUGAAAUGUUUUUGAGUCUACAUUUAUUUGUGAAAUGUGUAUGUUACAAAUUGUUAGUU